AUGUCGACACGGUCGUCCGAUGGCCUUCAGGCUGUGCUUGAAGGAGUGGGAGUGCAGAGUCCAAUUCCACAGUUCCCAUUGGCUGAUACGCAAAAUAGUCCAGUUGAUAUAUACCUGUCGUAUCUUGCGGAUACGCUGACCCAACUCACUGGAUGCGAACCUUCCAUCGCCUACGAGUCCAUUCAAUGGGCUAACGACGUGGGAGACCUCGUGGUGGUACUGCCACGGCUGCGGCUGCCGAACAUCGACCCUAAAGUUCUAUCUGAUGACCUCCAGCACAAUUUCCCGGACACGCCGCUUUAUGCCGCUCCGUUCAGCGAUGGAUACAAUCUUCGGUUCUUUUUCGACAGCUGCACCCUUGCGCAGGUGGUCCUGCCUUACAUUAUUGACCGUGGAUCUGCAUACGGGAAAGAUGAGUCCAGCGGGUUCCGCGAUCAUGAGAAGCCGGACGCUGGGCGCAAGAAAGUCGUGGUGGAAUUUUCGUCUCCGAACCUUGGUCAGGAAUUUGACGGGAAUCACCUCCGCAGCACCAUCAUCGGCGCAUACAUUGCUUCCAUCUACGAAAGCAUGGGAUGGGAUGUAUGCCGAAUGAAUUUUCUCGGUGACUGGGGCAAGAACAUCGGCCUGUUGGCCGUAGCAUGGUUUAGAUUUGGCUCGGAGGAGCUCUUCGAUGCGGACCCGCUCAAACACUUGCUAGACAUCUACACCAAGAUCGGAGAACUCUUCAAGGCCGAGCAAGAAGCGGCCAAAGUGGACGGAGUGGAGAAGCCAGACGCACCCAUCGGCGAGGAGAGAGAUGAAUUCUUCAAGAAGAUGGAAGACGGCGACCCAGAUGCAGUGGCUCUCUGGGAACGGUUCCGGAAGGUCUGUGUCGCUAAGUAUGCCGAGCUCUACGCCCGUCUCAACGUUGACUUCGAUGAGUAUUCCGGCGAAUCGGAAGUCAGGCAUGAGACAACCGUCGAGGUCGAGACCGCUCUAAAAGAGAAAGGGGUAGAGGAGGAAGGCGAUGAGGCUUGGAUCAUCAACUUCAAGGGUCAUGGACUCAAAGGCCUUGGGAAGCCGAUAGUUCGGCAUCGGAACGGCACAACCAGCUAUUUACUGAGAGACGUCGCCGCGGUUCUGGAACGGAGCAGGAAAUACUCCUUCGACAAGAUGAUCUAUGUUGUCUCGGCGAAACAGGACUCACAUUUCCAACAGGUUUUCAAGGCAUUGGAGUUGAUGGGUCAGACAGAGCUCGCCGGCCGACUUCAGCACGUCAGCUUCGGCAAGUCACUGGGGUUGUCGCCCAAUUCAGGCACCGGCGGCCUUUUGCUAGGUGAUAUCUUGGACCAAUGUCAGAGUGCUGUUUUGGAAUUCUUGCAGACUCACUCAGACGACUUUCCAGAGCUGCAAACUGGAGAUGCCUCAGACGUUGCAGAUGCUUUGGGAAUCAUGGCCCUCAUGACCGAGGAUUUAUCUAUCAAGCGUGCCAACAAUGUCGUCUUCGAUCUCGCGAAGAUGGCCACUUACGACGGGUACACCGGCCUGACUUUACAAUACUGGCUGGAUCAAGUCCGAUCGAAGCUACGGGGAUUCACAGUGGACAGAGAUAGCCUUAUGAAUGCCGACUAUUCGAUGUUUAUGGAAGAUGCCUACCUGCCGUUUGUCGACGUGCUCCGAUUGCUGGUUCAAUUCCCUGGAAUUGUGAAGUCUUCUUUCCGCGCAUUGGAGUCUUCCACCAUUCUCAGCUAUUUGUUCCGUCUGGUUGACCUCCUGCCUGCUGUGUGGGAUGUGGAAACGAUGCAGCAGGGAGAGGAGGUCGGCGACCUCGGCGAAGAACAAAUAGAAGACGCAUGGGGUGUGGCGGAGGCUGAUCAAGGCAAGCCUGUGCCUAGCCUGGGAGAGGUUCCGACCGAGGACGAACCAGAGCAAGCUCACAAGGAUGAACAGGGAGCGCAGACCGGGGAGGGUGCAACGCAAAAUGCACCAAAGCAGGACGGGCCCAUGGACGACGGACACACCGGAACUCAGAAUGAAAUCGAAGGGAAUCUCCUGCAGAACGAACAGGAGGCAGAGUCUCAAGAGCAAACCGCCAAGACGGAGCCCAUGGAGGCAGAAGCAAAGGAGGACCAAUCUGCCCAGGGGCCCGAGGAACAGGACCCGGCAAAAGAAGACACCAAAGAGGAGAAGUCUCCAGAAGUAUCCAAGAGCGAGGGUGAAGAGUUAGAGCACGGAAUGGAACUCCUUCAGGUGGAUGAACCUGACCUGGUUGAGGCGACGAAGAAACCUAGCGAGCCCGAAGACGAAGGAGUGGAUCUAGCUGUCGAUGAUGGCGAGGUGGAGGGAGGAAGUGCAUCUGAAGUCACAGAGCAGUACGAGAGGCAGGACAAAGGCAAGCAGAGAGCGGCCGAGGAAGAAGAGCCGCAGCUUUCCCCGAAGGUUCUCCUGAAAGUGGCCUUCUUUGAGUGUGUACGCCACGUCUUGGAAAACGGCAUGCAAAUGGUUGGCCUGGUGCCAAUGUGA